CACCCCUCGGGGGGGCGGGGCGGGGCGGAGCAGUGAUUGCUCAAGAUGGCGGCAGCGCUGCGGGCGUCGAGGAUUCUUUUCGGGCUCCUCAUCCUCUUGACGGAGGGUUGUCAAAUGUGGGCAUUGGUAUUAACAUCCAAUAACAAUAACCCUGUGGUGAAUGAAUUUGAAAGUGCUACAUUAUCCUGCCUUAUCGAAUCCACGGUAACUGUCCAUCCUCGAAUUGAGUGGAAGAAGUUGUCAAAAUCAAAUGUUGCUCCAAGCCAUGUGUAUUUUUUGAAAAAGUUCACAGGGGACUUGGAAGGCCGAGCGGAUAUUGAUAAAGCCACUCUCUUUAUAUAUAAUGCAACUCGUAAAGACACGGCAACAUAUCGCUGCGAAGUAACAGCAAUUAAUGACGAGAAUUCAUUAGGUGAACUUUACAUUAACCUCACGGUGCAAGUGAAACCAAUCACACCUCGAUGUUUCGUGCCUAAAUCGGUACCAGUGGGGAAGACUGCAACUCUGACGUGUGCUGAGAAUGAAGGCUAUCCACCAUCCAUGUAUUCCUGGUACAGAAAUGGAGAACAUAUCCCAACGGACUACAAAUCCAAUCCAAAGUUUUUAAAUUCCUCCUAUAAAAUAGAUUCAAGUACAGGAACUCUGCUUUUUACUGCCACCACAAAACAAGACACAGGAGAAUACCAUUGUGUCGCAUUGAACCAUGCUGGCCAUGCAGAGUGUGGAUCUCAACGGAUGGAAAUUUAUGACAUUAACAUUGCUGGGAUCAUUGGUGGUGUGCUUGUGGUUGUUCUUGUCCUGCUGGUUAUAACCAUUGUCAUCAGGCUUGCAUAUAAACGAGGAUACUUUGCAAAGAAGCAAUCUGCAUCAAGCAACUACAAGGCAUCUUCAAAAGCAGAUGGCGUUGAUUAUGUCAGAUCAAAUUCAGUGGACGAUGAGGGAGACUUCCGACACAAAUCCUCUUUUAUUAUCUGAGGAGGAGAAAAGAGAAGUCUGGACAACAGAAGAAUACCUCUUGAGGAGCUCAAACCAGUAGCGAAUUGAAGUGUAUAAACUUACAUGGGCCUCAAACCUAUAAAGAAGUUUAAUGCCAGAGACUUUAUGAUAUAAAAUGAUUUUUGCCAAAGCUUAAUGACCACUGUUUCUGCUACUAAACCGGGAAGUGUUUUAUACUUCAAAUUCCAUUUUUGGUACUGUAGCGUUGGCUCCGUUAGGUUAUUUGAUCGAAUGAUAUUGCUCUGCUGUGGUAAUGUUCUAAUGUGGCUUUAUUUUUAAGGGUUACUGCUUCUCAGCAAUUAUCCAUGAGAUGUGGAUAAUCAGCCGUGCAUUCAAGCAGUCUUGAAAUGGCACAGCAUUGUGAGUGAAUUGCCCGCAAGUCUCGAGCAAAGAUUUUGAUGAAUAUAAAGGAAAUAGCAAAUUUUCAGAAUUAUUUUGUGGGCAAUAGGCAAACUAACGAUAGAGUCACCAUUUUUAUUAAUCUGCCAUGGUUAAUAUUUUCAAAAUUAUUUUUGUAUAGAUUUGGAUAAAAAUGUUUACUCUUUUCGUAAAACCAGUGUUAAUUGAAAUGCCAAAAGAUGAGUAGUUCUUCAAGUGGGCUCACGGGAUAGCGACAGAUGUUUGGGAGGAAUUUAGUGGAAUUUGAAAGUGGGUUUGGCCAUGAUUCUCUUACGUAGAGUGCUUUUGUUUGUACACGUUGCCUGUGCUGGUCAGUCAUAUUGAUAUACGGCAAUGCUUCAAUGGCUUAUUUUCAAACAGCCCAAUUUUUUUCCCCCAAAAAACAAAUGGCAAUGUAAGACAGUUCACGAUCUAUUACUGCGGUGAAAGUAUAGUGUGGCUAAGGACAAGCUAGAAUAAUGUAACUGUUAGUUGCAAGACAAUGACGUUUGGAAGAUUUGUCAGGAAUGUGACACCCAGAAAGAUGCUAAUAAACUGCUUAUUGAUGAGAUGUCGUUUACAAUUUGGACGGAAAAAAAGCAUCUCUCUUGGCAGUUGAACAAAAGCAAUGUUUUUUUAAAAUUGCUACAAGAAAAGCAUAAGAAAACAUACUACAACUUUGUUUUGUGUUUAAAAGAUCUGAUUAUAUUUCCAUCCAAGAAAUGAAUGUGUUGAAAAAUAUUUUUUAAGUUCUUACCUCCUACAUUUGUUACAAAAAAGAAUUGUGUGUGUGUGUAUAUAUAUAUAUAUAUAUAUGCCAUCCUUGAGACUAAACAAAUAGAAGUUGUAAGACCACCAAAAAGUCAAGGAAAGUGGGUACUGUUCAUCAGUUUGAAUCAAAUCUUCCAAGGACGGUCAAACAUCCUCCAAAGGUGUAAUGUAGCUCGUAACUGCCUCCCGUGUGGUAGAACAAAGGCUUAUGUUAAACAUUUAAGCAGAUUUUUGGCACCGAUCAGUUUUCCUUUGGUGGGAACCUGGGACCUUCCCAAUUCAUCACAAAGUGGCAUUUUCAAACUACCACGUCAGUUACUAUCAGUCGGCAAGUCUGUUGCGCAUUCUCAUUGGGUAUUUGCUGUACAACUUCAUACUUUGUGUUUGCAGCCGGACUUUCCACUUUCAAAUGCACGUUUUCUGUUUGCUUAAAUAUAUGUAGUACAACUUAAGCAAAUGUCUGCACUCACUUAUGACAUUACUUUAACAUAUCUAUUCACGGAACUCACUCUGUAUUUAUGGAAACUCGGCUAAUUGUGUACCGAGGAUUUGUUCUGGAUUUUAAGGUAUAUUUUAUAGUAUUUGUGACUCUUCAUUUAUCCAUUAUAUUGAAGUAGCGUUGUGUUUUUCGUUGCAUCUUUAAAGCCAUGCCGUAACAUGUAACAAUUUACUACGAACAGCCUUUGUCAACUUAUUCAGGUUGUGUGAGUGAUAUAGAACUUUGAACUUUAUUUUCCUGUUAUCUGAUGCUGCGGUUAGAUUGCCUGUUUUAAAAAAUAGCUCAUAAAGUGCCUGUUAGAUGAUUCUGUAGUUUUGUGACCAGUUUUGGUGGUACCGGUCAAUUAUACUUUAGAUUAAUUUAUUUACAUUUACAACGUAUGUAUUGACUUCAGUUAUUUGAACUUCACAAACUGAAUGGCCCAUUUUGUUAAAAUAGGUGGGAGGGAAGAGAAUAAAAAGGAGUCAUAAGAAGAGUCAUCAUUCCCCGAUGACCUACUUAUGGAAUCCAAGUUCAGUCCAACUUAAUUUUGCUCAGUUUGUGCUCUGGGCUGAGCAACUGUAAACAUUCUUAUAAGAUUUCUGCGAGUUGUCAGUGUUCUGGCUAAAGCCAGGAUUUAAUUUUUACCACUUUACAUCCUUCAGCGGAAGCUGCUUCUGACAGUUGUUGGAACAAUUUCAAACUUGUAUAUCUUGCAGAUGUCUUCCAAUAACUUCAUUCAAUCGGAUGGGUUCACAUAGGGAGUGUUUCCCUGUGGCCUUACGGUAAGCUUAAUAAAUCAGUUUUUUUUUGAAAUUAUUGGGAGUAAUUAGAACUGAACCACUAUCUAAACAUUCUGACCGAUUUAUAAACGAGGAUAAAGUACGCAUGUUCUGUGGUUAAUUUUCUGUUUGCUUCAAUAUAUGCAGUACAAUUAAGCAACAGUCAUGAGUUAAAGCGAUUACUUGAGAGAUGGUCCGCAAUAAUAAUACUACUACUUGCAUUUGAUGUAACGCUCUCACAUCUUCUCAGCGUCUCAAAGCGCUUCACAGAAUAUACUGUAAAGUGAAUUACGAAAUCUCUCCAGUCCCCGUAAUUAUGCAACUUUGUCCGGGCUCUGAUAAACUAAACGUGUACCUGGCCUUUGAAGUGAUAUGAAAAUUAGUUUCAUCCAUAUAAGCAAAGACAGCAGUAAAUGGGGGCCCAAAGCAAACCAGCUGAGCAGUUGCCAUUAACUACACUGUUUGCAGUCUCAUGCCAUGCUCACCUGCAAACCUCUCACAGGAUAGGGAGCUUGUACCAAAGAUACAGCACGGAAAAUAACAGGUUAAAUUGUUCCUGGCAAUUAAAUUUUUUUCAGUUUUACUAACUAGUAAUGACCAAUUUUAUUGGUACCAGGGCCACUUCAGAUCGGGGUUGCUUGAGAUAAGAUGGUGUGCUGUCACAAAGCAUUAGUUUGGUCCAAAAGCUGCUGUUUUUCUGCAGCUGGUGUCGACAAACUAAUUCAUUUGGAUGUGGAGAUGAAACGAGCAUUAUCUCUUUUUGCAAAUUCAAGGUUCAAAUUAGAUUAUACUAUAAUGUUCCCUCCUGACUACAGGGUGGACGUGCCUUCCCGCACUGAACCAAUUUAAGACAAUUUAAAUAAAUGAAAUAACUGAAUGUGAGGAGAGGGUAAGCGGUAGAAGUGGAACCACAUUCUUUGCCCAUUUACUUCCAAACUCUGAAAGGGACUGUUGUAACGUUGCUCCCUAUUUGAAAGCACAUUAAUGUUAAUCACAGUCCAGAGUAUAGUUAACUUAUUAGAUGUCAUUACAAAAUGUUAAUAGACAUGUUAUUUGCAAACCUUUAGUAUGAUCCUAAUUAUUUUAAUACUCUUAUGAGUACUAAAGUCAAAGCAGAACAUUCUGAUUAAAUUUUCUCCUCUUCCCCCCAAAAAAAACCUGCAAAGAACCAAUUUACAUUUGAUGCAGUUAAAUUCAAAGUGGCGCAAUCAUAUUUCAUUAUAAAUAUUACAAAUUACAUUACUUUUGGAGAACAAAUGCUCAAUAUGACAUUGAUUGGCCUGAGAUUUGGGGAUUAUGUAUAAAAAGGCAAACUCUAUAAAUUUAGAUUUGCAUAUUUACAGAUGUCUAAACAUUUGCAUUACAAAAACUUGUGAAUCCAAAUCUUAAAUUCAUUUAGAACAAAUGUGUAUGUUUCACCUGAUUCAAGUAAACGCUUGAGAUUGAAGUCCUUUUGUGUGAGAAUCCUGGAAUUAAAAACCUGUACAAAACUAAUAGUUAAACCUAAUGUGUUUAAAAUAAACAUUUCAUUUAUUGAUA